CCAGAAGAGACCCGUCGGGUUUCAAAGAUGAUAGCUCUUCGCUGUCGGAGAGACCCGUGUGGGUUUAUAUGUCUGAUUUUAACAUAUUUCAGCGUUUUCUAUGCCGACUACGUGGUAAUCCAAUAUGUCCUAAUACCCGCAUAUUCCGGGAGUGCCUGGUGCUCACUGCACGGUGCCGUUUUCAACGUCCUUCUAGUCCUGCUCCUGGCCUGUCACUCAAAGGCAGUUUUCUCAGACCCAGGUAUGGUGCCCCUCCCAGACACGGCCAUCGACUUUUCUGACCUUCGCUCUCAGUCCUCUCGCAAAAAUGAACGGGGCUGUGAGGGCUGGACCGUGUGCAGUCGAUGUGAGACGUAUCGCCCCCCCCGUGCUCAUCACUGCAGGGUCUGCCAGCGAUGCAUCCGACGCAUGGACCACCACUGCCCCUGGAUAAAUAACUGUGUGGGGGAGCUGAACCAGAAGUACUUUAUCCAGUUCCUGUUUUACACGGGGUUGGCCAGUCUGUAUUCUAUAGCGCUGGUGGUGUCUGCCUGGGUCUGGAGGAUCCGCAGUGAGAGAGAUGGAGACCCCAACGAAGCUCCCAGCAAACACCUCAUAGUAGCUCAUUACAUCAUCCUGCUAGUGGAGUCCGUGCUGUUUGGAGUUUUUGUCGUAGUCAUCUUCUAUGAUCAGCUAGUGUCCAUCAUCACGGACGAGACGCCGAUCGAACAGAUGAAGAACAGACUAAUGAAGGACCGGGCUUCCAGCUCCCAGCACACACACACAACAGUCACGCAUACACACACACGCAAACCCAAACUAGCACUCCUGAGAGAGGUCUUUGGAAGAGGUGUGUGUGCGUGUGUGCGUGCGCAUAUAUCAACAGCCAGUUUAAAGGUCAGUUCUGUGUUGGCUGUUCCCCCUCCAUUCCAGCCCCCCCUCUGCUGGGGGAAUCAGCUAUUCCGCUCUGCCGGACUACGAUGUGUGACCCAGGAACGUCGUGACCCUGGAAUGCUGUGACUCCGUGACCCAGGAACGCCGUGACACCGUGACUCUGGAACGCCGUGACCCUGGAACGCUGUGACACCGUGACCCUGGAACGCCGUGACACCGUGACUCUGGAACGCCGUGACCCUGGAACGCUGUGACACCGUGACCCUGGAACGCUGUGACACCAUGACCCUGGAACGCCGUGACAGUGACCCUGGAACGCCGUGAUUCCGGAACGCCGUGACUCUGGAACGCCGUGACCCUGGAACGCCGUGACCCUGGAACGCCGUGACACAGUGACCCUGGAACGCCGUGACCCUGGAACGCCGUGACACAGUGACCCUGGAACGCCGUGACACAGUGACCCUGGAACGCCGUGACUCUGGAACUCUUACCGUGGACGUCUUGGAGAAGACAUUGGCUGUGUUUGAAACCACAUACUAUCUGUGCUUACUAACUGUACUUUGCAUACUAACUGUGAUGUAAAAUGAGAGCAUAGUAAUCCUUCAUGUGCAUGGGAUGCUCAUUUUGAGUAUGCAGAAAUUUCCCGGAUGCACACUAUCCCUGUGCGUGACCAAAGUUACUGAGCAGUAAAGCCGUCCCCCAUAAUGCACUGCUGGAUGUCCAGUCAUACGGAGUCGCUGCUCUGAGCGUCCAAUCAUAAGGAGUGACAAAACUACGACAGCAGCUCCACCAGCUUUGAACCGGCACAUCGCCAAGAACAACUUCCAACCACCGGAAACGUGUAGGGAACGAGCGGCAGCCCAGUAAGGGCUCAGCAUGUGCUGGGUGCUCAUGGGAAUAUUAGGACCUGAAUAAGAAAUGUAUUCAUGAUGACCGUAAUGGGCAAAAGUGGAAUAUUAGGAGAGAAACUGAGAGCAGUGAUAUUACAUGGGAAAUUAUCCAGUGGUUUUUAAUCAGUAUUUUUAUGAAUUGUUGCCAUGGAUAAAAAUACAUUGAACUAUAUACAGUGGUGUGAAAAAGUGCUUGCCCCCUUCCUGAUAUAUUUUUUUUUUGUCACACUUAAAUGUUUCAGAUCAUCAAACAAAUUUAAAUAUUAUUCAAAGACAACACAAGUAAACACAAAAUGCAGUUUUUAAAUGAAGGUUUUUAUUAUUAAGGGAGAAAAAAAAUCCAAACCUACAUGGCCCUGUGUGAAAAAAUGAUUGCCCCCCCUGUUAAAACAUAACUUAACUGUGGUUUAUCAAACCUGAGUUCAAUUUCUCUAGCCACACCCAGGCCUGAUUACUGCCACACCUGUUCUCAAUCAAGAAAUCACUUAAAUAGGACCUGCCUGACAAAGUGAAGUAGACCAAGUGAUCCUCAAAAGCUAGACAUCAUGCAGAGAUCUAAAGAAAUUCAGGAACAAAUGAGAAAGAAAGUAAUUGAGAUCUAUCAGUCUGGAAAAGGUUAUGAAACCAUUUCUAAAGCUUUGGGACUCCAGCGAACCACAGUGAGAGCCAUUAUCCACAAAUGGCGAAAACAUGGAACAGUGGUGAACCUUCCCAGGAGUGGCCGGCCGACCAAAAUU